AUGGAACCGGAUGGGACGGCAGAUCUGGCGUUGCCGCCUGGCGCCUGGCUGCCCGCAGACCACCGCAUCCACCAUGAAUACAUCCGACGCCAAACCGAGCACGUCCAAACACACCCCGCGGAGCCUCUGACGCCCGCCUUGCAAGCGUUCAAGGAGCUCAUCGAGAACAACACGCGGGUGUACAUGUACUUUCGGCAGAUGUUCGAGGAGAUCCCCAAGCAGCCAAUCUACCAGAUGGACGUGACCGGCAGCGCGCCGGCCGUCCGCGACUAUGAGACCCUGCUGCAGGUCCUCAACCGCAUCGUGGGCAAGGCGCCCGAGUGGACAGACGCAGAGGAGGCCGUCGGGGUCGUGGGCGUACCCAUGUGCGCCCUGUUCGACUACCCCAUGGGCACGCCCAGCGGCUACGCCGCAUUCCUGGACCCGGAUGUCAACAAGGCGCUGAGGCGGGUGCUCAAUGAAUGGGGCAAGUUCCUCCAGACGCCCGCCUCGGCCGAGGUCCUCAAGGCGGGCCCCGGUGGGUGGUUUGGCCAGACAGGACUCAGCGAUCUCAUGGAGGUGGCCAACAAGCCGCUCGGCACGUCGCACAGGUUCGAGGACAUGUACCAGUGCGACCCCUCGGCCAAGCACUACGGCUUCCAGAGCUGGGACGACUUCUUCACGCGCAAGCUGCGGCCGGACGCGCGCCCCGUGGCAUCGCCCGACGACGAUUCGGUGGUGGCCAACGCGUGCGAGAGCAAGGUCUUCAACAUCUCCUACAAGGCGCAGCUGCGGGACCGCUUCUACGCCAAGGGCCAGCCGUACUCCCUGCUGGACAUGCUGGCGCACGACCCGCUGACGGAGCACUUUGCCGACGCCACGGUGUACCAGGCCUUCCUGUCCGCGCUGAGCUACCACCGCUGGCACGCGCCCGUCUCUGGCAUGAUCAAGCGGGCCUUUGUGCAGGAGGGCACGUACUUUUCCGAGCCGCUGUUUGAGGGCGUCGGCGCGCCGGGCAGCGACAAGAUUGACAAGCGCGGCAUCGGCCUCGCACAGGGGUACCUGUCCAGCCUGGCGACGCGGGCCGUCAUCUUCAUCGAGGCGGACAACAAGGACAUUGGGCUCAUGGCGGGUGUUUUUAUUGGUAUGGAUGAGGUGAGCACGUGUGACAUUACGGUGCAGGAGGGCCAGCACAUUAAGAAAGGCAACGAGCUGGGCAUGUUCCAUUUUGGCGGCAGUUCGCACUGUCUCGUGUUCCGGAGCGGCGUCGAGCUGGAGGGCUUUCCUGAGCUGGGGCGGGAGGAGAAUGUGCCCGUCCGGGGGAAGCUGGCCGUGGCGAAGGCAAAGGCAAGGACACAAGUAGGGACUUGA